AUGUGGGCAAAUGGCACGAACCCCCUAGGUGAGGCCUUCCCUAACCAUUCAGCCUCUUUGCAGUGUGCUGCUGAAGCCCAGUUCCAGUACCUGCUCCUGCCCAUCACGUACAGCCUGGUUUGCGCCCUGAGCUUGGCCUCCAACACUGUAGCCUUGUGGAGCAGCUGGGCCACCCGGGCCCAGGCACCCCCGAUCAUGAUUUUCACCUACAACCUCAUUGUCAUCGACCUGCUGUUUGCCCUGUCGCUGCCAUUACAGGCUGUGUACCACGCCAGGCGCAACGACUGGCCCUUUGGCGAAGGCCUGUGCAAGGCCACCAACGCCCUCUUUCUGGCCAACAUGUUCAGCUGUACGCUUUUCCUGGCCUGCAUUUGCCUGGAGCGCUACCUGGCCGUCAUCCACCCCAUCCUCUACCUGCGCCUGCGGUGGCCCCUCUACCGUGUGCUGAUCUCUAUGGCUAUCUGGUCCGUGGUAGGGAUCGGGCUGCUGACCCUCUUCUCCAAGAGCACCGUGACCCAUCACUUCCCCAACGGGAAUACAGCCUGCAUGGAGCACUUCCCAGCUCGUGUCUGGAGUGGAGGCCUGGCCGCCAUGGUUUUGGCCUUCUCAGUGCUGGGCUUCUUCCUGCCUUUCCUCACCAUCGUCAUCUGCUCCAUCGUGAUUGCCCGGCGCAUCGUGAACCUGAGACGUGGCUCAGCCCAAGGUUCUUUGCUGCGGAGGAACCCGCUGCAUACCCUCCUGAUGGUGACCACCCUGCUCACCGUCUGCUUCCUCCCCUUCCAUAUCAUCCACAUUCUGCACACACUGGGCCGGAUUGGGGUUCUGCCUGCUCCGCAGCUGCUGCGCUUCACUUGUUCAGCCCAGCGGGCUGCCAUGGCCCUGGCUAGCAUCAACAGUGCUCUUGACCCUCUGGUGUACUACUUCAACAUGAAGCCUGCCAACUGGAGGCUGCCCUGCUGUGGCGGAAGCAGCCAGAACCUCGUGGAUUCAAGCAAUCUUGUGGCAGAGGGCCUCAGGAGCAUGAGCUAG